AUGAUUCUUCAUCAACUCACCGUCGACCUGGCCAGCUACCUCCUCAAGUGGAUCGCUUCAAGCACGAUGAGCGUCAACACCACCACGCCCUUCCCUGGCGUGUUCACGACCAGCGUCACCCCUGCCCACCUGCCUUGGGAUACCUACAACUACUGCAACGCACCCCACGUCAACGCGGCGCACUACACCCGUCCGGACCUAGCACGCGAUGCCAAGCUUGUCUUUGUCAAUGUCGUCCAGCGUCAUCACAAGCGCACACCGGACAACCUCUAUCCGAACGAGAACAUCUUCAACCCAGCCGCCGGUUGGGACUGCUCCAACUACCAACAGAUCUCGUACGGCGUCGGAGCCAAGUCCGAUUCCAAUCUUCAGGGUCAUGGCAUCUACCGUGUGAUCGAGAACCCUCCUUGGCAUCCUCUCAACAGCAUCAUCUGGAACGGGACCUGCGAUCAAGGCAUGCUCACAGCCGAUGGACUGCGAGACAGCAUCCAGCACGGACGUGAUUUCUGGUCCGUCUACGGUCCCUUCGGCAAGAAUGCCCUCUUGCGACAAGGUAUCAACGAGCGAGAUGUCUACUUCCGCACGAGCAACAGCGACAGAACCUACCAGGUGUCUGGUGGACUCAUCGAGGGGAUGGACGGUUGGACCAGCCCCGGAAACUUCCCCGUCCACACCCAGCCGAGCAACAUGGACGACAUUGUACCCAACUACAGCUGCAACUACGCCAACGGCUUCCGAAACGCCGAGCAGAGCCAAGCUGCAUGGACGGACCAUCUCAACUCCAAGUCGAAGCUGUUUGCCGAUCUCAACAAUGUCGUAGGUACAGCCGGUCAGAGCGGCUGGAACAGCUGGAUCGACCACCACUUCGACGCGAUGGCUUCUCGACAGUGUCACGGUCACGCUCUCCCCUCCAACCCAACCACGGGAGCCAGCAUCUCUCAAGACCACGCCAAUCAGGCGUACAACGAGGGUCACUGGGAGUACGACUACAUCUGGAACUCUGGCUCCGGCGCCGACGACUACGUCAGGUACGGCUUCGGGGUCUUCAUGCAGGAACUCUCCCGAAACCUGAAGCAAUUUGCAAGCGGCGAGGACAAGCACAAGUUGAAGUACUACGUCGGACACGAUGGAACCAUGGUGAGGCUGUACAAGUCGUUGGGACUGGCUGGACAGUUCAAGUGGCCCGCGAUGGGUAGCGAGGUGGUGAUCGAGGUGUACGAGCUCAAGGGACAGCAUUUCGUGAGAUUCCUGAAGGACGGAAGCACGAUGCAGACGGUGAUCAAGGAUCUGGCUUCCGACGGCAAGGGGAAUGCAGAGUGGAUCCCGCUGGACCAGGUGACAAAGUACUUCGAUUCGAGGGUCCCCAACGACAUCUACAGCAAGUGCGUACUCGGCAAGUGA